CAUCUGUCAUUUCAUUCAGUCAACUUUUGUAUUGGAUUGGGGUUGUCGUGCCGUUGCCUGUUAGAUUUUGGGUGUGUUAUUUAUGGGGUAAUCAAGUGAUAAGAAGACCGCGGAUAUUUUGAUUAUAAGUGUUGACAAUGUUACGUUUUGUGCUCGACGCAUUUUGGGAUGAUGGUCUUUGGUUGCCGCCAAAUACAACUUGGGAGGACAUAGCUCCUGGACCCGAAAAAGCUGUAGUUUAUACUGAUUAUAGGCACCUCAUAUUUCCCAUACCACUCGCAUUCGUACUGAUACUCCUGAGAAACUUAUUAGAGAAGUACUGGUUUGCCCCUUUUGGCAAGUCGCUAGGAAUUAAGAAUACAAGAGCAAAGAAAGCCUCCAAUAACCCGCAGUUGGAGGCUGCAUAUCAGAAGUCAUCAAAGAUAAAGCAUAAGCAGGUUGCAGCCUUAGCGAAGCAGUUGGAUCUAAGCGAGAGGCAAGUAGAGCGAUGGCUGCGCCUGCGCCGCAGUCAAGACAAGCCGUCCACUCUAGUGAAGUUCUGCGAAAACUUAUGGAGAUGCACCUUCUACCUAUACAACUUCUCGUUCGGCCUCUUCGUGCUGUGGGACAAGGUCUGGUUGUGGGACAUAGACAACUGCUACGUCGGGUAUCCACAUCAUGGUGUAACGAACGACGUGUGGUGGUAUUACAUGGUGUCGUCCGCGUUCUACUGGUCGCUGACUAUAUCGCAGUUCUGGGACGUGCGCCGCAAGGACUUCUGGCAGAUGUUCAUCCACCACAUCGCCGCUAUAGCGUUGCUGAAUUUCAGCUGGGUCUGCAACCUCCACCGGAUCGGCACCCUGGUGCUCUUGUCGCAUGACUGUGCCGAUAUCGUUUUAGAGGCCGCGAAAGCAGCCAAAUAUGCGAACUACCAAAAACUAUGCGAUGUUCUGUUUGCCGUGUUCACCAUUAUGUGGAUCGCGACGCGCCUCGGAGUGUACCCAUUUUAUAUCAUUUGGAGCACCCUCAUCCGAGCCCCAAUGUUGCUACCAAUGUUCCCAGCAUACCACAUCUUCAACUCCCUGCUGUGUCUGCUACUAGCGUUACAUUUAGUGUGGACGUGGCUCAUACUCCAAGUGGCUUACAAGACUAUCACUAGCGGCCAAAUGGAGGGCGACAUCCGCAGCUCGAGCUCCGAGAUCAGCGACAGUUCCAACGACCCCUCCAACCACAGCUCCCCCCACCGCGGAGACCACAACAAUGUUCAUAAAAAAGAAACAUAGGACACGCUGCAGCCGCAGCCGGGGCUCGUCCCGUCUCGCUCGCACAUCUACAACCGUCUUGUGCAAGACAAGGAUAGCAUGCUUCCUGUCUCUACCGCCACCAAGCAAACACUUGGCGCAGAUCACGCGCUCUUAAAUUACUUGAAGAAAAUGCGUUUGCAAUAAUAAUUUUGAUUAAUUUUGGUUUUUAUCUUCAAAUAUCCACUCUAAAUGACAGCCAAUUAUAGAUCAAAGAAAAGAAAAAA